AGGGGCUAGUAGCUAUAGCCAAGUCAGCAGUUUCAGAGAGAGCAGAGAGCUAGAGAGCUAGCGAUGGAUAUGCCCAGCCUUGAGGUAAAGAACAAGGGACCAGGAUUUGUGGGAAUACAGUUCUGUCAGGAAUGCAACAACAUGCUCUACCCGAGGGAGGACAAGGAGAGCAAGCUGCUACUCUAUGCUUGUCGAAACUGCGACUAUUCUCAGCAGGCCACCAACAACUGCAUCUACGUCAACAAGAUCACUCAUGAAGUCGAUGAGAUGACCCAGAUAGUGGCUGAUGUGGCGCAAGACCCCACCCUCCCUCGCACAGAAGACCAUGCCUGUCCCAAGUGUGAUCACAAAGAGGCAGUGUUCUUCCAAUCUCAGUCAAGGAAAGCAGAGGACGAGAUGAAGCUGUACUAUGUGUGCACUGCAGAGGGCUGUGGAGAGAGGUGGACUGAAUGAACACUUAUGGACUGUCUUAAUUAAUCACCCGCUAUUAACUGUUUUUUUUCCACCACUCAUUGCUAAUUGUUUCCUCAUGCAUUACAUAUUGUACAUACAAUUACUUGAUCACUUCAA